UUUUUAGACGGACGGAUAGAAGAUAGCAGUACGGUACCCGACCCGACCGUUGCCAGUGUUACCUCUUUCGUCUUUCGCGAUUCUUGCUCUGUUGCUUCUGUUUCCCAUCCCUCAGUUAACUUCAUCCUCUAUCUCUCUCUGAGUCUGCACUGGAAGCUUCUCGCAACGAUGAACGCACAAAUAAUAGACCCCUUGCAGGGAGAUUUUCCUGAAGUGAUAGAGGAGUAUUUGGAACAUGGGUGUAUGAAAUGUAUUGCCUUCAAUCGUCGUGGUACACUUCUUGCUGUUGGGUGCAAUGAUGGAAGUUGUGUUAUCUGGGAUUUUGAAACGCGGGGCAUUGCUAAAGAGCUCCGAGAUAAUGAUUGUUCAUCUCCAAUAACCAGUGUCUGUUGGUCAAAGUGUGGUAACCGGAUUCUUAUAUCUGCUGCUGACAAGUCACUUUUACUGUGGGAUGUUAUGAGUGGUAAGAGAAUAACAAGAAUAGUUUUACAACAAACGCCUCUGCAUGCUCGUCUUCAUCCGGGUUCUUCUAAACCAUCUCUUUGCCUGGCAUGCCCUCUCUCAUGUGCUCCUAUGAUUGUUGACUUGAACACAGGAAAUACAACUUCUCUUAAGGUUUCUGUCUUGGAAGUAUCUAAUAAUGGAACAACCCCUGCCUCACGUAAUAAGUGUGCUGAUGGAAUUACCUCCUUCUCACCAACUGCUGCAUGUUUUAGUAAGAACGGAAACCUGGUUUAUGUGGGAAACUCAAAGGGAGAAAUUCUUAUAAUUAACUAUAAAGAUAACGAGGUGCGUGCCAUGGUUCCUAUUCCUGGUGGUUCUGUAGUGAAGAACAUUGUGUUCAGCAGGAAUGGAAAAUAUCUUUUAACAAACUCAAAUGAUCGAAUAAUCAGGAUCUAUGAAAAUCUUCUACCUCUGAAAGAUGAAGUUAGAGCACUUGAUGAUCUGAAUGAGAACCUCAAUGAUCUAGAUGGUGUUGAGAAGUUGAAGGGUGUAGGGUCAAAAUGCUUAACUUUGUUCCGCGAGCUUCAAGAUUUAAUCACGAAGGUUCACUGGAAAGCACCUUGCUUCAGUGGCGAUGGUGAGUGGGUUGUUGGUGGUUCUGCCAGUAAAGGAGAGCACAAGAUUUACAUAUGGGAUAGAGUUGGGCGUCUUGUCAAAAUCCUUGAAGGACCUAAGGAGGCCAUUAUUGAUUUAGCAUGGCAUCCUGUACGUCCUAUUGUUGUAUCUGUUUCUUUGAAUGGCAUAGUUUAUAUCUGGGCUAAAGAUUAUACAGAGAACUGGAGUGCCUUUGCUCCCGAUUUUAAAGAGCUUGAGGAAAAUGAGGAGUAUGUGGAGCGAGAAGAUGAAUUUGAUUUGAUUCCUGAAACUGGGAAGGUAAAAGAAUCAGAUGUUAAUGAAGAUGACGAAGUUGACAUUGUAACCGUGGAGAAAGAUCCUGGUUUCAGUGACUCUGAUAUGUCUGAAGAAGAGUUAUGUUUCCUGCCAGCAACUCCCACUUGUGAUGUUCCUGAACAAAUGGACAAGUUCAUAGAAAGUUCUUCCAAGUUGGUGGACAGCAACAACUCAGGAUCCCCACUUUCGGAAGAGGCUGGACCAAAUGAACAUACCACGAAUCAUAACUCAAGUCCACUUGAAGAUGAUGCUUGGGGAACACGAGCUAAAAGAAAGCGGAAACCUUCAGAGAAGGUGUUGGAGUUGCAGGCUGAAAAAUUAAAGAAACCCUCAAAAUCUAGCAAAGCAUCAAAAUUCAAAACUAAACCUGUGGUUGAUGAGGAUGGUAGUAAUGGUUUUUAUGGUGAUGAGUUUUCUGAUGAAUAGUGGCCUAUUGCAAAUUCAUGCAUGUAAAAGCAUAUUUUACUGUAAUUUCUUGUAUUUUACUUUUGAUAUGAAAAAUGAUGCCUGGACACCUGUUUCUGCUGAACA